GGGGACAAUCAAGGAGAGACUAUGAAAGCAAACAUUAGCAAAUCUAAAUUUCUUUACCUGCUGUGUGUAGAGUUUUAGAUAUCCUUGAUACUCUUAGUUGUUUUAAAGCUUAAUUUUACUAAUUUACAACCAUUCCCCCACAGUUUCUCUCAGACUUCAUAAAUACAGAAACUUGUCUGUUUAUCAGCUGUUUGAUUGCUAAUAUUCCUGCCUUUAACCCUGUUUACUUCGCAUUUUACUGUAUAUACACACACACAGUAUAACAAUCUUGCAUAAUACAGUCGACCAGCAGUGCUGCUGGUAAAGUACUUUUACUGCGUAGUGCACUUAAAUACAAAAUCCAUACAGGACACUCAUUAAGAACGGGCAUAGACCAGUUUUAUUAAUGAAAAGGUCCUUUCAGGCUUCACAUAGAGCCACAAAUGUUGCUGUAUUUGUCGUACACAAAGAUAUACAAAAAAAUGUCAAACAAAACAAGGCAGCUUGAUUCUAAAGGAAUUUGAUAAUAAAUAAUCUGAAUAAAAGUACAAUCGUUUUUCCACUUUCAGGAUUUUGCUCUAUUCAUCUCUUGCUUUUCUAACCCUAAACCCUAAACUACAGAUCAUAUGUUUGUACUUUCAGACCGCCCUUCCACAUAGCUGUAGUUCUCAGCUGGAUGGCAGCUCUUUGUUUGGGCUUUCUGCAGACUCACAGUCACACUGUAGGUCAAGCCUGUGUGCAGGUCGCUCACCUCACACAAAGUUGCUCUGACUUCCCCUUAUCCUGCUCCAGGAGGGAGAGUGUCCCAUCAUGUGUCCCAAAAAGGAUCCCCAUCAAGUCUCUGAGCUCAACACCCGCUGUUUCUCCUCAUGAAGGCGUGGCCCCUGACUGGGUAAAGCAUUUCAAUGAAGGUGAGGGGACCCACAGUGAUCUCACUGGGGCCCUGCACCUUGAAGCCCGACUUUUGGUAGAAAGGGACUAAGAAGUCUUCACACAUGAGCACAGCGCGGCGGACAUAGGGCAGGCAGCGCAGGUACUGCAGGUAACGCCACAUCAAGAUGGAGCCUUUGCCCUGCUGGCGGAAGGUGCGGUGGACGGCCAGUACGUGGAUGUGGACUGUAGUCCCAUGGGGCUUAUGGAGAGUGAGAGCGUCCUGGACAAGAGAGGAGAAGAAGUUCUUGUUGAAUUCGUGGUGAGAUAAUGCACCCAAGCGCAUUUUUAACCUCUUAUCGUACAAAACAAAACACACCUAUCCUAAAUUUAAGCCUCUCAUGAUUUUUCCCUGUUAUCAGUCAGCAAAAACAUCCCGAACUUUUAAACAGUAAAGUUAAGUGGACCAAGUCUUUACAGGAAUAAUACAGCAUUAUGUUGAGUUUGAAACGUGUAUACUGUUACUGUUUUGUGCAGCAGAAGCAUCCUUUCUUUCUAACUACAAACAGUUGAUCUCUUACAUCGGGGUAUUAUAGAUAUCAAAAACCAAUGAAACGGUAUUUUAAAAACAUCCUCUCAUCUUAAAUCCUUAAAAAAUUUACAAGAUUUCUGUCCAAAGAAAUGAAGUAGAACAAAACAAAAGAAGUCCAGAUAGCCGAUUAUGGGUAUCCAUUUAAUGCCUGACACCACAAAUUAUGAUCAGAAAAUUCUGAUUUUUUUGGAGCUGAAAUGUUUAUUUGACUUACUACUGAAAACCAAAAAAAUCUAAAUGUUCUUCAAAUUGAACAAAUAUAUUUAUUACUCUAGUUUGAUACAUUAGAUGUAUUUGGAAACUGAUAAACUACAAGAGGACAUUUUUAUCAUUUAUCGGACUGUAUUCAGGUGUUUUUUAGUAAUUUAUUGAUCAUAUUGAUUUGAUAGAAGUGUAUAAAAGUAUGUAUCAAAUAUAAUACAAGAGGCAUUAAAGAGUUAGGGACUCUGGAGUAGCCCAUCUGAUUAUGAGGAGUGCACAGACCCCUAUCUACCCUCUUACUCCAUGCCUGUUGUACAACUAUGAUUGCUCAUGAAAUUAUUAUCAGGGUUUGAAAUCAUGAACCUCGAAGAAAACUAAGAAAUCUUUAUUUAUUUAUUUAUUUUUUACUUACAGACUGUGUUUCAUUGUAUCUCUACCUCAACUUUCAAACUUUUCCUGCCUUUUUUCAAAUUAUAUCUUUAUCUGUAUUAAAUCCAUACCAGCCCUCGUGAGUAAAUUUGUUAGGAAAUCUUCUAAAAUCUCCUCUGUAAAUCUGUUUUAAACCUCAUCUUGCAUAUCCCCCUACUAGUCCAGCUCGUCUGCCCAGGUAAAUCAGCGUCCAGGUGUCCCUGCACUCAGCCUUACCAUGGUAAGCCUCUCCUGGUCCCACAGUGAGCCGAUGAUGAAAGCCACCAGCCGUCCCUCCUCGAACCAGCCUAAAGACAGCUCAGGGCACAGGCUGAGGAAGUGACGCACCUCGUCCAGGUGAAGGGGACACUCUCCGGACACUGAGAUGAAGGCUGUGAGGAAGAGGAGGACCGAUAUUACCAGAAUAUCCGAACAGAACAAACAUAGAUAACCGAGACAAAAAAUCUCACCUCUGUCUUAAGGAACGAGUUUUCACCUUCUUGUGAAUAAGAACUUGCUUUUUAAAAAAAAAUAAGAAUAAGAACUUGAUUUUUUCUACGUAAACAUGUCGUGUAUGAAAACAGAUGCUGCUGUUGCUUCUAGUCGUGAAAGAAAAAAAAAACGCAAAACGUCUCCGUGCGUAAAGAUGCAAAUAACUAUCGGAACAGCCAAGUUUAAAGGUAUCUCAAAGUAAUUGAAUGAAGUUUUCUUACCUUCUCUUUCUAUCUCAAACACACUGAUGGCAUCCUCCGGGCUGAGGGUGCGAAACUCGCUGGCCGGCAGCGUGUGUCUCCGGCCCUGCGGCACCGGAGAGCGCAUGUGGGACGACCUCAUGAACGGAACCGCGCUCACCACAGACAUGCUCUUGUGUUUUUUUUUAACCGAAAAUGCUCAAAGUCAACAGAAAGAUAACGAUCCGAGACUUUCUGUCUGCUGUUUUCCUCAGACUCGAGUAGCCUACUUCCCCGUCUUGACCCGCGUGUAACAGGACUGCGUGUUGGAACUGGAGAGGUUUGCGCGCGUACCGCAUUUAUACCACCGCGCGCUGAGGAGGCUGGCUCUAGCCUGGCGCGAGCAGGAUGACCAAACCCUCCACUCCCCGUGAGUAAAUUCGUCGAUAAACAUACUUACUCGGGGUCAGAGGGGAUAAUGAGAAUUAUCCUCGUCAUGCCACCCUCAGGCCCGCUGCAGAUUUGGAUUUGUUUGAUCAUGUGUCGAGGUUCUCACUCCAAAGCAUUACGGAAUUAUUCCCAUGAGUAAUUUCAACUAAACUUCCAGUAAUUUACUCACAGGGGCUUAAACUGAGGUUAAAGAAAGGUAAAGUGACUUAGAAAGUGUCGCUUUAUUUCUGCUAUUCUGAUUGGCUGUUAUGUGAAGCUUCUGCUGAAGUGGGCCAUCUACCUGACUCGGAUUACCACUCUUCAUGUGAGAGAUUUUCCAUUGUCCCUUUAAAUACCGUUCACGAUCUUUUCCACUCGUUAUUUUCCAGAUCUGUAAGAGGAUUACAGCGCGUGGAGGUGUUUGUUUAUCACCUCUUCAGGGUUAAAUAAGCUUCAUUGGGAAUUUGAAGUCACUUAUUUGUAUUUAUGGACAGAUGUUGUCCUCUGCAUCAGCACUUUUUAAUGAGGAGUAAAAACAGCCAAACUCAAAACUGGACUGAAUUUUGUGUUUGUAUGUUUAGAAACAGAUAAGUGAUCUGAUCAACACAAACUAACUCCAAGGUAAUGUGAAGUGUUUGGGUAGUCACAAGGCUGAAAAUAAUCUCCAUCCCAUGACAAACAAUGAGAUUAAAUCACAAUGAGCUUUCCUGAGACACUUUUCACCUCAAAAUAUGAGCAGGUAUGAAUUAAUUCUGGCACUUAGAUUUUAUUUGUGCCAUUCAGGAUGAUAAGUGAUCAUAAGUAUGAUGUAUGUAUGAUCAUAAGUAUAUAAGUAAGUAUGACAUAAGUUUCUUUUUGGUAAAAGGCAUUCAAACACUGAACAGCCAUAGGUGAAAAAAUAAAAAUAACAAAAAUGAUAAGUAAAAUAGUUGAACAAAAGAGUAGAUUAUAGUAGAUAAAUAGAUUAUAAUCUAAUUGUAUAAUCUACCAUAGUAUAGUAAAGUAAUAAUCUACUAUAGUAUAGUAAAUUAUACAAUUACAAUAAGAAAUAUGUACAGUUAUAGAGUUAUAAAAUUAAGUGACAUGGUAUGAUAAUGUUAACUGGUGAUGAUAUGAGGUGUCUGAUAAACUAAAGUAUAAAGUGUAAUGUAAGGUAGUAUUGAUAUUGGGUGCAAUACUCAUUGAUAAUAGGAGUGCAAGAAUACAGUAGCCUGGCUGGGCCAUCCUGUUGCGUGAAUCACUUGCCGUUCCUUCCCACAAGAAGAAGAAGAAGAAGGAACGGCAAGUGAUUCACGCAACAGGAUGGCCCAGCCAGGCUAAGAAUACAGGACAUCAAAUUGGGAAUUUUGAAACUGUAUAGUCUAUUCCAAAAAGUAUAAAGUAUAAAAGAAGAAGAAGAAGAAAAAGAAAGAAGCAACAUAUGGAGGUAAAUGGAGGUAAAGGUAAAUGGAGUAAAAUGGUACAUUUCCAUGAAAGCAACAUCUGAUCAUGGAGUAAAUAAAUCCCAAAAUACAUAAAACUCAUGCUGGAUUUAAAAUUUUUUUUAAAAAAGCAUUGUGAACAAAAACUUGAAGUUACUCUCAACUGUUCGGCCUGUAAUGGCCUUGCUUCCAAACUUUUGCCCUGUAGUGUAUCUACACCUAAUUUCCUUACAUGUUCUCUACAUAAAUACCUUUAUCUAAUAUGAUAUAUGUUGCAGAAAUGUAAGAAAAGACUAAAUUCAAAUGAAUAUGUACAAAAUACUAAAUAUUCAAAAUACAUCAGACUAACAAUAAAAUCAAAUAGUUCAGUUAAGUCUUUUAUUUUAUUUUUAUAUUUGUUUUUCCUUUUAUCUAAUGAUAUUUGAAGAUGUUUUUAUUCACAGGUAUACUAUAAGUUAUGUGUUAUCAAUCAAUCAGUCAAUCAAUCAAUCAAUCAAUCAAUCAAUCAAUCAAUCAGUCAAUCAGUCUUUAUUUAGAUAGCACUUUUCAUACACAAUAAUGUAGCACAAAGUGCUUUACACAGAAAAGGGAAUAAAAGAAACAAAGAAUACCCAAACCUACCCCAACCCAACCUACGAUCUAAAUGCAAAAGAAACAUGUAUUAAAAUGCAUAAACUUAAAAAGGGCUUGAUUUCAUGGAAACAGCAAUGUGUGGACUGAGGAAAGGUCAUUUUAAAACUUGAGAUAAGGAAACACUGAAGGUUUGGAUUAAAAUCUAAAAAUAAAGUAACAUAGAAUGAAAUUUAAGAAAAAUAAAAAAUAAAAACAACAAUAAAAGAUACUAAAAUAAGAGCACCAAUAGCUCAAUAGAAGACGAUCCUGUCAUUAAAACUAGAAAGGGAUAAAUGCUAAAACAAGUUAAUGACAUAAAAUUUAGUUAAAAGCAAGAUUAAAAAGUUUGGUGUUGGCCCAAUUGUAUGAAAAAAAUGUGAGUAAAAUAAAAGAGAAAAAUCAUUAUUUUAUUUAAUUUCACUUUUCAUGUUAAGAUUAAAUUAUAUACGCAUUAAAUGGAUUCUCAUAAUAAAUGUACUGUACACCUGUUCAUUUAUCCAUUACUCAAGUUUGCAGCUAAACACUGCCGCCCAGUGGUCAGAGAGAACACUGCGUGAUGACGCUGCCCCACUGCGCCAGUUACGCAGCUUUCCGUAGCGACGUAAACACGUGCACCUCGCUGCUUCCAGGUUACAGUUUUUUUCAUUCCACCGUCAUCCUCGCGCUCUAGCAUCACUCCCUGACAACAGCAGCGAUGGCGGAGCCCGUAGCUUUGGAUGCAGCGGCCACAACGGACACAGCAGCAGCGACAGCAUCCCCGGACCUCUCGCCAGCAGCCAGCCCGGGCUCGGAGCCUCACUCCAUGGCUCUGUCUCCCACAACAGACGGCUCCCAGCGGCUGCUCUUCUCCCACGACCUGGUAUCCGGGCGGUAUCGCGGCUCAAUUCGGUUUGGCCUCGUACGGAUGAUCCACGGGGAGGAGGAUUUUAACUCAGACUCGGACCUCGACGAUGGCGGAGGGAGAGGCGGUGGCGGCGGUGGAGGUGGUGGAGGAGGAGGAGGUGGAGGAGGAAGAGUCCCGUGUGGUUCGGAUACUGAGAGCGCUGUGGACACUCCGAGUCGGCCUCUUGGUCGGGGAUUUGUCCGCGUCCAGUGGUACCCUGAAGGAGGGAAACAGGACAUCAGAGAGACAAAGGUACCACUCACCGGUGAAACUGUUUACACCGAGCUGCUCCGACACGAGGGCUGCGGUCUUUGUAGCUGAGUGUGGUGGAGGUGUUUGGGAGGAGAUGGAGUCAACUCUCUCUUCAGUCAGUCAGUCAGUCAGUCUGGGAUAAUGUUCAUCUAAUCCAUCAGCCUAAAACGCACAGCCUAGCUCGCUAAACUGGCUAGCAUCCAGCCACUCAUGCUAGCUAGCAGUUUAGCUCCCAGCCUCAUGUCACUCUGCUGGGCUUGGCAGGAAAACUCAGCUUGUUUUUUUUAGUGUUUUUACCAAACUGUGUCCGUCUAGUCCCUAAAACAUCAAAUACACACAUUAUAACCUAACAGACAACAGCUUCUAAUGUCAACAUAGAGCUUUUGGCAGGUGCACAUCCCUGCUACCAAAUCGGAAACACACUGAUUAUUUCUUCCUCCUCCCCAGCUGGGUGUGACUUGGCCUGGGACCAGACAUUUUUAAAAACAUGUUUAAUUAACAAGAAACUACCACAAUGUACGUUUUCCUCAAUCACACACACAGAUCUGCAUCUCUUUAAACGCAAGGUAGAUCAGUUAGUGAUAGUGCUGUUGUCACAUCUGCAGAAACCUCCAUCAGAUUGAGUGUUACCUUAUUUCACCUUGUUAGUUUCCCCAGAACAAUUACUCUGCAGUGACUUGUACAAAAUUCAAUUCUAGUUUCUGCUUGAAAUGAUAUGAAACACUGUUUUUUCUACAUUAUUCCCUAUUUUUGUAAAUGGCAGAUGUUAGUCUUUAUUGUGUCUCUAUUGUUCAGAUAAAUUAAGAUAUUUAAAUCAGAAGUUUAGGGUGAGGGUAGGGCUGGGCGAUAAAAUGAUAACGAUAUAUAUCGAACAUUAAUUUCCAUCAAUAUCAAUAUGAAAUACGGUCAAUAUGUUUUCCGAUAGUUGGCAUUCUGCCAUGUUUUGGUAGACUAUACGAAUAGCCAGUGAAAAGGGGAGUUGCUCCGGGCCGUGCUUAACCAAUCAUGUGCUGAAUUAGAAGAAGCAAAAAAACAGUGUUGUAGCAGGCUGCAGCUAAGCGCAACCAUAGCACUUGAACAUGUGAAGUCGACCACAAGAUAUUUACAUUAUUCACUAUUGUUGUAAAUGGCAAAUGUUAGUUUUUUUGUGUCACUGUUGUUCAGAUAAAUUUAGAUAUUUAAAUCAAAAGUUUAGGGUGAGCGUAGGGCUGGGUGAUUAAACGAGAACGAUAUAUUGAAAAUUAAUUUCCCUCGAUAUCGAUAUGAAACUUGGUCAAUGUGCUUUUUGAUAGCGGGCAUACUGCCAUGUUUUGGUAGACUACACGAAUAGCCAAUGAAAAGGGGAGUUGCUCUGGGUCUGUGCCGCGCUGAACCAACCGUGUGCUGAAUUAGAACCAAGUAGCAGACAACUGCGUAGUAGCAGGCUGCAGCUACAAGCAACCAUAGCAGUUAAACAUGUGAAGUCGACGGCACUGUCAGUGAGAAAAAAAGAAAAUGAGUGCUACCCCCAGCAGAAAUGCAGAUGAUCACAUCGUCAACAAAACUGGCACGAAAACAUCAAUGGUGUGGAGGUGUUUCGACUUUUUGAGGUCAGACAUGAAGCGGAGUAAUGUGCUGUCACCACCUGAAGCAGUACCACGUGGCAGAGCAUGCGCAAUAUAAAAGUUUACAAACCCUGAGUGGAGCGAGAAACCCAUGGUGCCUGUGCAGCUGAAACAGCCAACCAUUCAGUCAGCUUUCUCUUGCGCAACGCCUUACGACAAAAUGUCAAAGAGACACAGAGACCUCACAGAUGAAGUUGCUUACUGUAUUGCAUAAGACGUGCUACCAAUAAGCACUGUUAAAUUUGACUUUUUACAUCGUGAUACAUAUUAAUCUUGACUGAUAUGAAAAAAUAUAUCGUGAUAAACUUUUUCCCAUAUCCCCCAGCCCUAGGUGAGGGUUGUUUUAGGGCGGGGCUGUUGUAAUUAUUGAUUUUUCCUCCUCUAUUUUCUAGAGUAAUUGUUUGCUCCACCUUAAAGUUUCUUUAAAUCCUUCACAGAUUUUCACACCACUGGGAUUUUGAAUAUUAGGGACCCAAUUAAGGAUUUAUUGAGUAAUAAGGAAAGGAGAUUUUUUUCUGUUAAUGGAUUAAUUUAAUACUUUCAGGUCAUGGCUAAUCACAGGCCUUAUUUGAAGCCUGUUUGUUUUAAACAGCAUUAUAAAUACUGAGCAUGAACAGUGUUAAAAUCACAAAUGCUUACAGCUGAAUUAAUAAUUUUUUAGCCAAAGUUAUGUUGAAACACUUAAUUUUGAUUUAAAUCUGAGGAAUGAUGCAAAUGCAGUAAGUUAGUGAUGUGAUUGUCUUGAAUCAGUCCUGAGAUUAGGUCUCUUUGGUCACACAUUCACUGUUUUGCGAGUUUAGCAAAUUUAUUCCUACAUUAAACAUUGAGCAUGACUGAUUUAAAUAUUUUUGUCAUGUGUAAAAAGCAAUUUAAAGGUUUGAGGGUGCAUUAUGGUAAAAAAACAAGGCCAAGAGUCAGUUGAGUGUAUGUUUUAUUUACAUGUUACAAUGUGUGGUGUGUGCUGUUUCCAUUAUACAAAACACCAACCGGUAUAGAAAUGGAUAAUCUGCUGUUGUCUAUAUUCUCAGGACGACUCUAGAUUCUCUCUGCCCUUUGUCAAAAAGGGUCACUGUGUUUAACAGAGGACAGGUCUGGAAAAAGCUUAUAAAGGGACAGGAUGAGACCAGAAGAAAGCCUAAUUUACAGCCUCUGUUUCCUUGCUUUGUGUUUUGGGUUAAAUGAGCAAAGUUCUGGUGUGAGUGACAUCCCACCUCUGCCUUAACAAAAGCUCCCGUAAACAAUGACUGCAAUGUUUACGCACUACCAGGACUGUUACUGCUGUGUCAUUAUUAGUGAGUUUUCCCACAAGAUCUAGCGUUUGCCCGCUUGUACAUACAGGGAAUACAUUCUGUAGUGUUGCUGUUCGUUGUGGAUUGUGUGUCAGCGCAUGUGCCCGCAACAAUGUAAUUUCCAGUUUGCUUAUCAGUGUGCUCCACAUGCCCUGUCUCAGCAGGCUCCGUCUUCGUUGCAUAUAUCCUGAGAGCAUGGGGAAGAUUCUAAUCAAUAAUUCAUGACAACUUCCUGCAGCGUGCAAAGUUGCAGAUCUUUAAGAUGAUAUUUCCCUAAAAUUAUGACAUAAUUAUUCAGCAGGCGGCAUCCGACUUUGUGUGUUUUUCUCUCAGAAGCUCCCCCAAAAUUUGACACGCUUUUUAGGACUUCUCCUGUGGCAACAUUUUCAAAGCAAUGUCAGGUUUUUGUUGUCACAUAUAGACUAUUUUUCUCAUCAUAUUUCAUUUUUCUUUUCAUUGUCCUGAGAGAACACCUGAGAGAUUUACAUAAGCAUGUCAAACUGAAACUGUAGACGGCUUUGUUAUCCUACAGAGAUCCAGUGUUGUACUACUCAAUCAGGACUCAUGCCCUGAUUUUAAGGACUUGAGCAUUGACUGCAUUUGGACUCUGAAGAUGGAGAGCUGACUGAUCGUUUUAGAUUGUUGUAGGGCUGCACGAUAUAUCGUUUGAGCAUCGUCAUUGCAAUGUACAUGUGCGUGAUAGUCACAUUGCAGAGCUUGCGAUGUAGGAGGCUAAUAAACUCAUCUGAUUUCAAGGGUAGCCGACUGAGAUACACUGUAUGUGACUCUGCAUGUUCUGUGCAGCGAUCCAUCCAUCACAUUCGUUUUUUACUCAGUUGCCAAUCAGACUACCCUGCCAUCUGUCAAUCAAAAUCAGAGAGGAGGAAACCACGCCCCUGCACAUGGAGUGAGUUGCUGGCGCUGCCGGUGUUGAGCUGAGAAACGCAUACCCGCCGAGAAUUACUGUCGGAACAUUACUCAUCACUGUUUAGCCCCACAAAUAAGAAUUUUGUGGGUUUUAAAUUGUACGUUUCUGUGGACCACACUACUAUAAGCAGUGCGCGUUUUGCGAGGUGCAUGAAAUUCCCAGCGAGCGUGCGUUUCUCGGUAACAACAACAAUUGCAAAUUGAGCAACGAACAUGAGAAAACCAUCGGAAAUUAAGACUUGUUGCCAAAAAGAAAAGGAAAGUGAGUUAUCAGGAAUUAUUUUGGUUACGAGAAGGAUGAUGUCGACUAAAACACGUGUUCUGUGUUCAUCUGUUGCCACAGUAAUGUCCCAGCACAAUAAAAGCAAGUUCAAAAUAUCUCUGAGACAGACAGAAGCCAUUUUACCAACAUUCACAAGAUCAGUGCAGGUUGAUUGUCCAGACUUCAGCAGUGCAAUGUAACAUAAAGUACUAUUCAGGUCAUGCACCCAGAAAAGUGAGUGAAAUGCUGAAGCUAGCCUACUUGAACUGUUGUUAAUGUUACUGUUGGCAAGCUAACCCUAACCUGCACAUUCAAACAUUUAGUCAGAUAAAGUUUUAGGCUGCAGGUUCUUUUUUUAGUUUGGAGGUAAAGAUGAUGCACAUCACCAUUCAGAGAGUCCUAGUGCUCAUUUACACAGUGCUUUAACUUCAUUGGUCACUCUUCCUUAUAGGCAAUAAUAUUUACAAGAGGGACUCGACUCAGAUUCCUCCCUGGUGACUCAGGCUCAAGUCGCGCUGGAACACUAAGCUCUCGAUACACGACUCGGAACUGAGGUUGGUGACUUUGGUCUGUGGCCAACUUUGUUUCCUGCAGACUCUGAAUAAAUACUAGAACCUGGACACUAUAUACAAACAAUACAUGGAAAGAGGGAGAUACACCAAUACAAAAAGCAGUACAGAUACUCAUUUUAAUUAAAAAAAAAGCUGUAAUGCUAUACCCUUUCACAGUCUUGAAUAAAAGCUAAAAAUCCCUUUUGAGAUGAAAUGGCCCAGCCUUGACUCUCAGACGAACUCACAAUGACUCUCUCAGCUUCCUAACAGCGAUAGUUGGAAGUUUAAUCUGUAGCCUUGAUAUCUGAGGUAGUCUUUUGGUAACUCUGUGAAUGCAUCAUGUUAUUUCAGCGCAGAAAUCUUUUCUCAACAGGAAAUGAUGGGUUAUGAUCGACAUCUCAGUGCAGGUUUUAACAGGGGCGUCUCAGCUCUUCUUACUUGUUUGGUUUGAAAGCUGGUUGGUGAGGAAUAUGGCUAACUGGCUUUAAUGCCCUAAAUCCCUUGAAACAAUAACAUAGAAUGCCGGAACGAGUAAACAAGGCGUGUUGCUGUUCUGUACUUUACCAGUAGGCAUUUGAAGGCGAAGACUGGACUGGAAUGAUACAAAAAUUUUUGCAUAGUCUCCAAGUAGUGGUAAAACUGGUAAAACUAGUUGAAAUUGUUUGUUUGUGCUUUGUUGUCAAGUUCAAGUAAUUACAACCCCAGUUCCAUAAGAGUAGGGACACUAUGAAGUUUUAAUACGAACAGAAUUUGAUUGUUUGCAAUUUGUAGAUUUUAUAAAAAUAAUGCAAAGACGGCAAUUCAAAUGUUUAAACAAAAAAAUAUUCAUGAACAAUACAUGCCCAUUGUAAAUAAUUUUCAGGAAAUGCUGAACUAUUUCCUCUUUCAGUCUCUCGCUGAGUGGUGAACGUCUUCCCUCUUUCCACCUUCGAGAGACCUCGCCUCUCUAAAGUGCCCCUUUCUUUCCCUGUCACGUUAUUAAUCUGCCGCAAAUUAAUAAAAUUAUUCGGGGAAAUCUUCCUCCUGGUAUUUUUUAAUUUUUCUGUCUCUGUUCCAGCUUUUUUUUUGUAAACUUGCUGCUGGCAACCUGAAUAAAAAAUUACUUUUCAUCAAAUAAAAGCCAUGAUUGAUUUGCAAACCAUCAAAUUCCAUUUUUAAUCAACAUUUUUAACCAAAUCCCAACUCUUAUGGAAGUGGGGUUUUUAUCAGAUUCCUUUCAAGAGUCAUUCAUACAAAGCUCACAGUAAGAGUAGAUAAAAAAGAUAAUUCGCAGAUAUCUCAGUGUCACCUGCAAUGUGACACUAGCAGCUUUUACAUUUGCACAAAUAAUCGGAAUAAUGACCCGAUCAGAAUAAAAAUGAAUCACAUCUCAAUUGGAAGAUUUUGAUCCAAUCUAGCUCAAUCAGAAAGAAAUUGUAUUCCAAUAGGAAGGGCUAGUUUAGGCCGAUCGUUUUUCCAAAAUCCGUCCAUGUAAACACCUAUUCUUAUCGUGACUCUCUUAACCUGACUGCGCAUGUGUACCCUACGUCAACAUGACGCAUAUCCACCGUCAGAAACACGACCUAAACAUGGCGGGAUCCAAGAGCGAUUGGCCCGUUUCUGUGCUGCUGGGCUCGCUUGAUGAUCAUGUAUGCCAGGAGCAAUACAACCGCUCUCAGAAAGGAGGGAAAAAAUCCUGAAUGCGAUGAAGUGAGCCACUACCGCGUUAGCUGAUUUGUUGAUGGCACAGGCGUAAUUACAACUCUUCUUCUUCUGUGGUUGUUUAAGCAAAAUUAGACAACUCUGUGCAUGUAUACGCUCUUCAUAAUCAGAUUACUUGAUUUUGCACCCAUAUAAACAGUGGAUUCAGAUUUUCUGAUCCCUCAAUUUUUUAAUCAGAUGAAAAAAUUUGCACGUGUAAACAUGGCUACCAUUUUUUCAUAGAAACACACCUUCUUGUUUACUUUCUAAGAACAUCAACAACUAGAUGUUUGACUUUGACUUCACACUUUGCUUAACUUGCUGCACCGGGCCCUCCUUAGAGAGCUCUGUUGCCGCUGUUGCUGAAGCACAACCUUGAUACUUCUAUUCAAGGACAGAAAUGCACUGCAGCGGGUAGUUAACAGCGGCACGCAACGAGGUCAGAGCAGCGCCAAGUAGAUCUGGGAUGUUCCUUUGUCAUCAAUCACUUGAUAAUUCUGACACUUAUGUAUACAUAGGUGUGACCGCUUAGAGUGUUGUAGGUUGAUGCAGCUCAUAAGCUCCUCUCUCAGGGAACAGUAACCUUUGUGACUGGGAGGAUGGAGCAGGUGCAGGAGGGUUGUGUGGUAAUAAUGAUGACAAGGAAAAGUGCAGCAGGUUUGCUGACUGUACCGCAGAGAGGGAGAAGUCGUGGUGGAGAGGAGGGAAAGUGUGGGGGAGAAUUGCAAAGUGGAUGGAAAAGGUGCGAGGGGAAGAAACUUAGCGAGUGAGCGAUGAAUGCAAAUUAAAACUCGCACGUGGAUCUUAAAACUGUUUAGUGAAAUGAAAUUCAUGAAACAAAACAAAGCUGCACAGGAGAGGAGAUUAUACGCAGGCAGACUGAUUGAUAGCUCUUAUAGUGAUGUGUUGUUGUUGUAAUGUCUCGCCUUCUGCUCCUUGUUCAUAUUCUUCAGGUGUGCUGUUGCAUGAAAGCGGCUCGACAGCACACCUCUGCCUCUGACGCUGCCCUCAAGUCAGCAGCUUUGUAAUGCGGUCCUGAAGCAGCAGUUUCCCGAUCACCGCCACCUUCAGCUUCUGUGAUUUGUGUCGUAAUAGAUUCUUCUUGGCUGACUGCAGGUCUAUGAUCCCGCUUUCACAUUGAAUAGAUCAUUUUUAAAAACUAAUAUAACGUAGUUGUUACUGACACAAGAAGUCGUGAACAGCUGAUUUUUUUUUUUUUAGCAGCUCGAGUCUUUUUACUUUCAAUGAGGAAUGAUAUCCAAUAAUAAAACCAACUGAAGGUAAUGCUUUGAGAAGUUAACAGAGAGACUCCUGGGGGAUUUACUGUUUUUAUCUUCUGCCUUUAUAACUCGCCCAUAAUCUCUUUUUUGUUUUAUAGGCACCACCUGCUCAGCUAGUUGGGUUGUGACAGGCAGGAAAGGCAGUUUGUAAUGAGAGGGAGUUUCUAUGCAGCCCAUUUUAAAGAGAGUGAAGUGCUUUGUUAGUGCGUAUGGAGGACAAUAUAGGGUUGCUUCCUAAAAUUCUGUUUCAGUGCUAAUUAUAGGAAUAAUCAACCUGCAUUUUUCAGGUGUUUAUCUGCAUUUCUUUCUUUUUGUUUUGCUAGUUCAUUAUACACAGUGCAAUAAUAAUGAAGAAUCUAAAUUUGACAAAUCAGGACUAGCUGUUCAUCAAGACCUUCAAGAUUUUACCUGCAGUCACAUAAUCCACUGAAGUCAAAUGUUUUUCAAAUAAGGAAGAAGUUAGAUUUUAUCUCCGUGAAGUACCAAAAAACAAGGUAAAGGCUGGCCUUUUGUACAUUUGAGUCUGAGCUGAUUGAGUUUACCUGCUUCAUUCUGUACACCCAUGCAUUGGUCUGACUCGUACACUAUUUCAGACUAUCAUACGUGUUGAUAGGGCUGGGCAAUAAACUGAAAAUUUACCGAUACCGAAAUGACCAACAAUAACCAACGUCAUUUUGCCCAUGUCAAUAUAUUCGGUGUCAAAAGAUAUAUAUAAAUGAAAGUUUGUUUUGGAUGUGUGUAGGUAGGCUAUGGUUUCAUGUCCCUUUUAAGAAGCUGUCCUACGUCAGAAACGUGACUCCACCCCAUCCAGUCGGUAACAAAGAGGGAAAAGACAGAUGAGGAGAUGGAGGACGGUUCAAAAGUUGUAGCGACUGGAGCAGCGGCUGAGCAGAUGAAGUUAAUGGGGUGAGAAGCUUGUGGAGUAGUUAUCGUCCAUUUAUUGUUAUCAAGGUGAACUGCUCAGGAUAUUGAUUUGAGGCCAUAUCGCCCAGCCCUACCUGGAUGCCACCUAAAUAUACUUGCACCUAAAUUAGAAGUUAGGAAGUUACAAUGAUGGAGAGCAUAUUGAGUUGACCUUUGUCCAACCUGACAGCAUAGAGGAAAUGGGCUGCAUGAUCGGAAUCAGCUGGCAGUCAGGCUUUAAAUGUAUUGUCGUCACUUUUGGGAAACUGUCUUUUCAUGCAUCUUUUUCUGUGGUCAGUGGCUAAAACUAGGCACGCUCUUUUGAUUUUUGCUGAUACCCAAAAUGCAAACAUUUCUAAACACAUUGGUGGACGGAAGCCGUCAUUGCAUACAUAUAUUUAAUGCUGAUACUGAUAAUCAAGCUAUGAAGCUAUUAUCCACUGAUACCAACACCUCUAUGCCAACAACACUUUGCAUCCUUGGGUGAAAAACUGGAUAAAGCAGUUUUGAAGAAGUGUCUCUCUGUCUGGUCUGUUUGGAAUUCACUCCUUAGUGUUUUCUGUCAGUGUUAUUUGAGUUAUGGUGUUACAGUAUUAGCAGUGAAGGGAAAAAACUCUUCCUUGGAAGUUGAUGAAUGUCUGGCUUGCAGCUGAUUAAUUACUCUGAUAAAUCUUGAUCUAAAAGGCCAAACAUCUUACUUAAACUGAAACAAAAAGACAACACUUGGUACCAAGGCUGUGAACAGUUUGAGUCGUGCGCCACCAUUUCUGGUCCAUAUGAAGCCUAGAAUAUUGAUAUGGUGCUGCAAAACAUCGAUUCAAUAUUUUAUUCCAACAUCUUAGUGUAUCUACAUUUUUUAACACCCUUUCUUUGUACCCAGACACAGCUUUGUAACGCUUCGUAAAAGUAUACAGCCAAACCCAGAAAAGACAUGAAAUAGCCCUGGUGUUUUUCUUAACAGCUGUAGUGACAAAGGGACAAUAGGUGUUGUUUAGUGACGGCCACCCUUUGUCUUUUAAAUAUAGAAAGGCAUGAUGUCACGGAGCACCCAUCGAUCUCUUUGGCAGUUUGAAUGAGUCCAGGGGUUGGGACAGAAAACACUGCAGGUGUUUGAUGCUCUGACCGCAGGGUGACUCCCAUCUGUCAGCCUGGCCCUGCCCCCCACCACGGAAGUCCAACCACAGCCCCGGUGGCCUACAGAACAGAAACAUCUCUUUCCUUAAAGGAUGUUUUUUUUGUGUGUUUUUGUCCUAAAAGUUUGUCCUUCGUCUGUUCAUGAUCACAGAGAUUGUUUAUCAAUCAUCCAGGCUUUUGGACUUUUAUAAGCAUUUCAGCUGCACUUGGAAAGAGACUCUGUUACCCUUGAGAUGCUCUUAAGAUCCAAGGCUGAUAUUGUUUUUAAAUAGCUGCUUUAUUGAGUCUCGGAGACAUGAUUCAGCCUCUGUUGAAAGGAAAUACAGACUGUUUUUUGUCACUGGAUUCACAUCAUGAAAAAUGUACUUUGAGAGAUCAUAAUAACAUCGAGGAAGUCACAACAAAAGAGAAAAAGCAUCUUUCUGUAAAAGAUAUAAAUGCAGACACAUGCACAGUUAGCGUCCUGUAGCUCUCCAUCUCCUCACCUUCAGAAACUCAAAGAUAAUCCAACACAGCUCUGGUCUGGUUUAAUCAACCUUCAGUAGCUUGCAGUGAUCACAUUAGCUUUCGGUCGUUAUUUAGUCUACACAGGUUAAUUUAAUUGGCACCUUGGCUUGUCAGACUCAUUCUGAGGGCUUCUCUGUUUCUAAUAAUCAUAACCGUCUGUUAACACUCCACAUUGCACAUUUCAAAUGAUGUGAAGGCAGGUGCGAUGGCUGGAUGCUUUGGGGAAAAGAUUUGAGAUUUUGUUCAGCCCCUCUCAGCUGUAAAAAUCACUCUAAAGUCACUCUAAAAUAUUGGAAACCAUCCCUUUUGCGUUGAAUGCUCAGGAAUCAUCUGCAAGUACUCGAGUUAGGCUGGCAGACGUUGGUGUAAUCUGUGACAUGAGGCUGCUUGGGUACAGCAGAGCCUGAGUUAUCGUUUACAGCAGGUGCCUUUCAGGUGCAGAAACACACAAACAAGCAGCCACCAAGGCUCCCCAAGACAGGUUUCAUCUUCAGGUGCUUCCAUUUUGUCUUCUUCCUCUAAAAACAAAGAAGCAGCUCAGGUGCUGUGUGGGUACUGUCACCAUCUCUGUAAAUCAAGCUCGGAUAUGAUUCAGAGUCUUGAUGGGACGCAGUACCUCUCAUGCGUUACACAAAAUGAAUUCAGAUUUCCUCCUUACAGCGAGGAUAUCAUGCAUUUGUCAGACUCUAGACUUUAGCUUAAUAGCUUAAUAGCUUUAGAUGAUAAUUUUUAGUCAGCAGUCAUACAACAACCAGACAUUUUGAUGCUGCAGCCACACUUAGCUCUGUGUUUAAAGCUUACUAACUCAUCUGGUUACACUAAGCAAUCUGACGCUUCUGUUGCCAAAGUGUGUGCAUGUAUUUUUGAUCAUGCAGGCUGUAAAGGGGUUCACUAGACUGAUGUUGUGGGCUGAUAGUGAUAGACAUCUGAUAGUUUUUAGUGAUAGAACUGAAUUGUUUUGUAGUUGUUGAAUGAUUCGUUUUUUGAUGGCUGAUGCUGGUACUGACAAUGAGGGAGCAGAUCAGCUGUCGGCUGAUACAUAAUGUUGAUAUCACAUUGUUGCUUAGUCUUUUUUAUUUUUUUAUUUAUUUUUUGUUCGUGAGAUAGUGAUGUGUCACGAAUGAGCUGAACGAUGGGAGCCGGCUCCCGUCUGUGAGCCGAUUUCUUUUCUUCUCUCUUUUGCCCCCCACAGACCGUAGAAAAAAACUACAAGGCAGAAUGACGGGAUGACGGGUGCUCGGGGGUGUGCCAUGUGCUUAUGCUCAUUAGACGAAUGCACUCAAGAUGGCUACGGCAAUUUACAGAUAUUAGAAAACGUAAUUUUUUAUUUGUGAAUACUUAAGUUCAAAGGAUGUAUUGAAUUAUUUAAGAGGUAUGUGUACACUUAUGUACAUAUCAUAAGCCAAACAAUGCUAAAGGAUCUGGCUCACUAAAAAGAGCUGUAAUUCCCAUCACUAGAAUAAGCGUUUAAAGCCAAUAAGAAUGGCAAUCAAGUGUCAUAGUUUGUCCAAACCCAUAAAGAGGCGUGUCUUUUAAUGUUAGCUAGUUUCUCUCCUCAGUCUCCUCACAGGGGCUAUAAGUCUUUCAGGAGAAGAUGUUAACUCCUGUAUUUAGGGCUGGGCGAUAAAACGUUAAUGAUAUAUAUCAAAAAAUAAUUUCCCUCAGUAUCGAUCUGAAACAUGGUCAAUAUGUCUUUCGAUAGCCGGCAUUCUGCCAUGUUUUGGUUGACUAUACAAAUAGCUAGUGAAAAGGGGAGUUGCUUCAGGUUCGCACCGUGUUAUAUCCUUAUGACUUUUUCCUGUAUCGCCCAGCCCUACCUGUAUUAUUUUACUGAGGAGUUUCAGUCAGUGGUUAUUUUUAGCCUGAUGACAUUGUAGUUUCUGCUGUGUUGAACAUCUGUGGCAGCAUGUCUUACAAAUCCGAGCCUGCCAAUAAAUCCCCACUUGUACAGCUUCUAAUUACCACUUAGAGGGUGAUGUCAGCAGCCUGUAUACAGUAAAUUUAAUGAGACAGUGACAAAGCAUGACCGCCCAUCCCAGCCCCGAAGAACCCCCAUCUGAGGCCACGCCCUUCAGAUUUCCCAUCUUCCCUGAUCAUUCUUUUUCUGUCUUGCACUUCCUCCCUCCCUCUCUUUCCCCCUGAACCCAACCUAUGAGCACCUUCUUCUUGUCCUCCCACAUGUUAGCCCCCCCCUCACCUAUUAACCCCCCCCCACUCUCCCAGGCAUCCCAGCAGAGCGAUGUUGGAGAAUGUUGACGUAAUGAUGAGAAGCUUACUGGAUGAGUGUCCAGCUCCUUCCCUGACAUAAUGGAUCUUAUUUCAUCUCUGCAUAGACCUUACUCACGCACUCACACAUGCACACACACACACACACACACACACACACACACAGAGGGCUUGACUCUGAAGUGACUCGUCUUGCGGCUGGAGCCUGCAUCCAUCCCAGCGGCCCUCUUUCCUCCUCUCCCCCUGUCUGACCCUCUCAUCUUCACAUCCUCCCUUUUUCCUCCGCAGUGUUGGCCCUGCCUAGUCCCUCUCCUCUCUGUCUCUCUCCCUCUCUCCCUCGUACAUUCCUCCAUCUCUCUUUAUUUUCUAUCAUGGUAACUUGUGUGUUUUUUGUUUCUCUCCUCUCCUUUUCCUGUUCACCUCCUUUCUUCUUAAAUCCAUCACAGUCUUCUCCUUGUUGUGUCUGUGUAAUUUCUCAUCUGUGUCUCCUUCUUUUAAUUUUCUUCCUACCACACUCCCUUUCAUGCCAACACCCCUUCUCACCAUUUUUUUUCACCAUCAUGCGUUUCCUCUGUCUAAAGCUUCGUCUCAGUCAGUGAUUUGUACCGGAUUCUCAUCUCUCGCCUCUUUCUAACCUUUUGUCUAGCUCCUUUUUUCUCUCGAUUCAUAUUUUCCUUUCUUUUGAUGUACACUUUUGUGUUUUGCAGUUCUCAAUGACUUAAAUCUCUUACUCUCUUCAUCCUGCUUCAUCUGAGUCAGGGAGGAUUUUGCUUUAUCAUAGAUCCCGAGUGCUGUCAGUCCUUCGUUCAUUCUUUCAUUGGCUCUGUAAACAAAAGGACCUGUGCCAAUUGUCUUGUUCAUUGAGCUUUGCACCCUUCUUGUGUGUCCCAAUCAAUAAACUCCAGUAAGAGAGCGCUGUCCUGCAGCAGAGAGGUGUGAGGAUUGACACAUCUGCACUUGUUUACACUCAUGUCAACCAAGGAUACAUGAUGCUGUCAUUGAUUUUGUUUCCUUUGUGCAUCCUCCCGUUUAUUUCUCUUUGGUAGAGAAUAAUUUAUCCAAGCAUAUUUUAAUUAUCUGUUAUAAAACACAGAUCUGUCUAGUAGCUGAAUCAUUGACUUGUGUGGCAACCUCUCGCUCCAUUUAGUUUAGGAAGUGCAGCAUUGUGUUAGGUGACUGGAAAGCUGUUACAAAAGCAUGUCUCUUGACCAAUGGCAAGCCAGCAGGAGAUCGGUUCUCCACCAUGUUUAAAACAAUUCAUUGAAGUGAGAGAGGUCGAAAUGUGUAAACCUUUAAGAUUACAAAAAUAACCUAACUCUUAGGUAAAGGUGAGAGACAUUUCCAUUAACCUAUAGAUAUUUUAACCCUUAUAACUCUCCAACAAGUCUACAGAAACAGAAUUUGGCUGCAGAAACACUUGAAGUAAACUAUUUGUAAAUUUUCUGUUUAUUGCCCAGCCCUAGCUCAGUGUUGCUGUUAAUUUUCUAAGCUGACACUGACCUUUAAUUCUGUGUUCUUUAUACUUGGUGGGACAAAAGUGUCACUUCUCCUUUGAAGAUCAAUUUUUGUCACAUGUUUAUGAAACCAGUGUAGCUGGGAUUCCAUGAUUGAGCGGAUUCUGUGAAUUAACAGGGUGUUUUAAAGUCCUACAAUAUCUCUAGGCUGCAUCAGUCAUCAUACACGAUCACUGGUAAUUUCAGCGCUCACACAUUGCCUUACCCAACUAGCAAGAAAAUGUACUAUUUAAAAAAAAUGCUGGACACAAAAAUAUGCAAAAUUUUAGAUGUGUCCUGAUGAAACUUUUUUACUUCCGAUACGAUACUGAUAUUGUAGCUUUCAGUAUUGGCUGAUAGUGAUAUAGAUCUGAUAUUGGUACAAAAUUGUGUAUGACAAGUUUUGCACUCAGCUGCAAUGUCUUUUUUGGACUUAAAUGAAAAAUACUUCCACACAGCCGACAUCACUUCUACUCCUCGGUACUUUGUUAGUACCUUAGUACACACUGGAUGCGGGUGCUGGAUAGAGAUGCUGGAGCGGAGUCUGGAAUGGACUGUUUGUAUCGGAGUGCUGAUAUCAGAGAUUUUAGAUGCAGGCUGAUAUAAUCUGAUAUUCAUAUUUUGCUGAUAAGUGAUAUCAAUAUCGGAUCGGGACAGCCCUAUGAAAUUUCAGAAAGUUGUCAGGAGUAUAAAUGCAGUGAUCAUUGCAUAGUAAACAUUUGAAAUGUCAGCUCAUAGACUAGUUAAACUGGACAGUCCAGUGGUUGCCAGCUGGUGUGUGUGGAAAAAGUCUUCCCUAUAAACCUCCUCACACUGUUAUCUUUUGUCCAUCUCUUUACUUUUGUGAGUUUAAUCUGAUUUCAUGUGAAUUUGAGAGCUUUUUAGAGUUAAUGUUAGAUUAAGCUGACCAGCUGUUGGCUCUUGCUUUAAUAUUUCUAUGACAAACUAUCAGUGUCCAUGUAAGGAUGGUGUACUUCUGUUAAGGGUCAUGUUGAACUAACAGAGUGAACGGCGUAGAUCCAGAAGGCCUCUCUUUUUAACAGUCUGCUCACCUCAUCUUGGACAAACUCCAAUUAUUUUCAAUUUGCCGAAACUGCGAUGAUGUAGAAGCAAAGCCAUGAUAGCCUGAGGCAGAGAGCAGUGGUGUAGGAUGUAUACUGUAUAAUGACUGCACAUUUACUAUUACAGACUGGUAUUUAUAUACAAAUUUGGAAAAGUAUUUACCUAUUUGUACUAAAACAACGUGUUUGUUUGACUACCUCUUGCAGAUCAGAUGUCUGUUACACUUUCUCAUCUUUCUGUAUCAUCUCUGCUGUCUCUCAGAGAGGAGAACAGGCGUGGCACCGAGCUGCAGUCCUCUGCAGUGUCUCUUUCUCCCCCUCUUCCUCCUCCUGCUCGUGCUGCACCUGAUUUGUGACUUGUGUUAAUUAGGCCGGGAAGUCAAAGCAAAUACUGUCCUCCAUCGAUCGCUGUAAUCCAUCUGGCCCCUUCUACCUUAUCAGCUUGUAUAGAGAGGCAUCCAAGGUUGUCCUCUAUCUAGGAGCAAAAUACGGACAUCAACGCACGCAUAUCCAUUCAUGCACACUCUGCCUGUGUCUUGUCUGACUUCGUGUCCACCACCACCACCACCUCCUCUCCUCUCUUUUUAGCAUCAAUACACAAGCCAUAGCAACAGUCAGCUGCUCGGUUGUAACCCAACAGAUCACAAUAUGAAACACGUCACGAUAGACGGUUGAACAUUUUGUAUUUUUGCAACUUAUUUUUGUUUUUUUCCUCCUCUAUCAUUUUUGUAUCUUUUUGUCAACAUUCAGGAUAUGAUAACCAAAAGCAUGAUUUAGAAACAGUAUAUUAGUUUAAAAAGUAUUGGGAUUCAAAGACAUAACAGCUGGUUUAAAAGCUGAUUCACUUUACGGUCAUCAUCGGCGAUAAUAGCAAAGAUACUGAAGUGGUUUGGUCGUGUGGGUCAGAGCAAGACCUGAGGUGUUGUAUUGCUGUAACUGCUCUCUAUUUCAGAGCACUAAAUGGUAUUGAUUUAAACACACUGUUUUUGAACUGAGGAGGAAAUCAGUUACUACAGCAGCACAAUGCACUGAAAGAAUAUUAAUGAAGACGAGCCGUGUUCGUGUGUCGGUGGAAAAAAGGAGAAAAAAAAAUGUUUUGAACUCUUCAACUUCUCUGAGUUUAAAAGUCCAAAUGUGGAAGAGAUGGAAGUGUGAGAGUGAUUGUGAAUUUACUUCUACCCCCCCCAGCAGCAGAGACUUGAAGACCAGACAUGCUGCUCCUGUUUUAUAGAUUAGAAGGGAACAUGGCGACCCAUCGAUCUUAACUCCCUCUACACACACAUGCAUACACACCCUUACCCGGUGGCUCUUCCUCUCAGUGGUGUAAUGUUACAAAGACAGAGUAAAAGCCAAGAGGAUCAGACUCUGUGUGUGUGUGUGUGUUUGUUAGUGUUUUAAAAUGGACAUGAAUGAGUUGGCAUUUUUUCAACCUAAGUGGUGUUGUUUCUAAAAUCAGUCAGUCUAACUUUGCGUUGCACUGAAGAUGGCUGCUUUGUAAACAUGGCAGCACAUUUACAAUAUUUUCUCAUUAACUGAUUAAAAUUGUAAUCCUCUUCUUCACUUUGGUUUGUGAUUUCUGCUCCAGCCUUUCAUCAUCAGCCAUUGUUUGGCCUGUAAACAGUUUGUCCUGCCCCUGUUUUCCUCAGUUUAGUCAAAUCUCUGUGAAAGCCUGCCUCCCACAGUCAUUACUUAACAUGCAGCAGGCCUCCAUGGUUUUAAUUUCUUCGCUCUCUUUACUUCUAAUUACAUUCCCCUCCUCUACCUCCAUCUGUCUCUGCCCAAACUCAGGGGCUCUGGCUGGUGCUUCACUUCCACUUUUCUGUGUUCUCGCUGCCAGCAGAGCAGAUUGCGCUGUGGAUUGCAGCCUCCUGCAGGUAUCUUUUUAUUUAAGUUAUUCCAUCUAUCCAUUAUCCAUACCACUUAUUCAGGGGUCAAGGAGGGGCUGGAGGCAGUCCCUGCUGUCAUUUGGCGAGAGGAAUGUUAAAGCCUGGACGUUUCUCCUCCAGGGACAUAUAGAGACACAACCAGUCCCAUCCACAAACACAUUUUAGGGACAACAGUAACCGGACAAGUAUGUCUUUGGGCUGUGGUAGAAAGGAGUAAUACCCAGAGGGAACCUGAAUGUGGAGGACAUGCAAACCCUCAUUUAACUCUUUGUCGAAGUUUUUAUCACAUGUUUUUCACGGAUACCUCAUAAACACUCAACAAAUUUGCUGGAAAAAGUAACUUAUUUGGUGAAACUGUCCCUUUCUGUGUCAGUUUUUGUUUGGGUAGAGAUAUUUUUGUACAAUUAGCUAAAGCAAUUCGUAUAUUAUGUUCCUGGUGCCAAUAAAAGAGGUCUCUGCGGACAACGAAAGCAGCUUUGGAAAACCAGAAAGUUUUGUUGUUGCCAUUGAAGGAUUAAAAUUGGUUGGCAAGUGAUAGUUUGAUACCAAAUUGAUUAAUGACUGAAAUCAAUUGAUAUUGAAUUGCUGUAGAGACUAAAGGCUGUAUUUCAAUUUUAAAAAUCAUAUUUUUACAACUCAUUAGCGUAAGUUAGAGUUACUUUAAAGUGUCAGCUAAGCAUUCAGACACUUUCUAGCUUAUUUUACCAUUAGCUAGGGAGGAGCUUAAUGCGGUUAAUAUACGUGUUGUACAUCGAGAAAGGAAAGAUGUUGAACUGUUUUAGGUAAUAACAGAAACAGUGGGGAAGUGGUUUAAUGCUAACAUCACCUCUUUUCUUAUUCUAGCUAGAGUUAGUUUAAAGUUAGUUUUUUUUCACAAAGUUUCAUCUGUGUUGUCCAUAGACUGUAUGUAGAAUGGACGCCGUCUGCCUCCUCGCUGGGUGAAGCCACCUCGAGAACAGCACCCUCUGGUGACGGGCUGCAAUAUAGGUCAUAAAUUCACCUCCUCCAGCAAUCCCUAUGGAGCUGUGGACAAACUUUAGAAAUUUAUUACACAGGAUAUAAAUUUUUCUCCACCCUGGUUGCGAUGUUGACAUGCAGUUACUGUCAGGCUGGUUUGUGCUCAAGUCCUCUUUUUUCUGUGUGUUCAUUUUUAGGUGAAAAAGUUGAAUUGAAUUUUCUGUCUUACUAAUCACCUUGUGCACUGUAUGAAAUACUUGAUUUUGAUUCCACAAAACCCUACAGCAAAGGCCAGCUAUUAAUUCUGAAUAACAUGGGAACAUCAGGGACGGGCGUUUUUCUUAUUAAAUGAAACCGCAGGAAAAAGCUUUGGCAAAUAUCACCUCUGCUUUGUUGACACUGGAGCCUGAGUUCCUGUUGGCAUUUUUAACUGGGAAAUGAUGGAAAAAAUGUCAUUUGAAUUAGCAUAAAGUUGUUAAACAGUUUUAAUUAGCACAAUAAAUCCGUAGGCCAAACGUCAUGCAGCAGGGAUCCUGUUUCUAACAUCCAGGCAAAGACGGCAGAGCUGGUUAGUGCUUCUGUAAGUUGCCACCUGCCACAGAGUAACUCAAACCCUAGGCUGUGAUGAUUAUAGUGACAAUGCUAAAGUGGUGACUUUUGCUAUAAUUGAUUUAAAAAGUAAGUCAAGUGCAAAGCUGUAAGAAUGAGGAGAGCUAAAUGAGGACAAAAGUCAACAUAGAUGUACCCGCAGAAGUCCCGUUCACUUUGUCUUUGCCUGAUAUGAAUUUUAACAAAUGAACAGACAAGUGUUUGACCGUGACUUGACAGCGAAUCGAAAUGUUCAGUUUAAUGAUUAUUGAACCCCUAGUGGGCUGAUGAGAAUCCACUGCCAUGGAAGUAUUAUCGCCCAUUAAAUCAGAGGAACUGUCUUUAAUCUGUACACAUAAAUUAUUUUUAAAUCAUGGCGUCGCACUGCAGGGUUCACCAUUGAGUUUUAAGCUGUUUUUAAGUAGAAAUUUAGGGUUCAAUAAUGUCAGCGUUAAAUCUCAUUACAUUUUGUUUAAUGGGAUCAGUGAGUGGGAGACUGAUGACUCUGUUUCGUGCCUGAAUGAGGAAUUAAGAAGUGACACUGUGGUGUGAAAUUCUGCUCCAUCGCACUGUUUUUAUUUCAAAAAAGGUCAAGUAAAGCUGAUUUGUAUUUUAAGAUAACACAUAAUAACACUGCGUACCCUGAUUUAGAGAUAUUUUGAUAGACAUUAUAGACAGAUAGACCCUCCAUAAGCGUUGGGUUUGAAUUGUGGCAUGGCUGGCCCUCCAUACAUUGUCAACCUCUGAUCUCUGGCACCUAAGGGACUUCUACAAAAGGGAGAGCCAAGCUUCCCCUUCUCUGUCUCUCAACCUGCAGCCAGGAUCAGCAUAUCACUUGAGCAACAACUCUUUUUCUUUGUUUAAAUCUUAAUCUCGUAUUCAUUGAAAAUAAAUUCAUUUUUUUAUAUGUAUACCUUUCGACUCUGAAGUGUUGCCUCCUCUUAGCCAGGGUUGUAACACUGGUAGACUGGCAACUUAACCCUAGAGUAGGGCUGGGCGAUAUGGCCUAGAAAUCAAUAUCACGAUAUAUUGAGCAGUUCACCUUGAUAACGAUAAAUAGACGAUAACUACUCCACAAGCUGCUCACCCCCUCCCACAUUAACUUUGUCUACUUCAGCCGCUACAACUUUUGAACCGUCCUCCUUCUCCUCACCUGUCUUUCCCUCUUUGUUACAGACUUUUGAACCGUCGAUGGGGUAGAGGGACAUGAGACCUUAGCCCACCUACAAACAUCCAAAACCAACUGUUAUUCAUUUAUGUUUUGACUCCGAAUAAACUGAUAUGGGCAAAAUGACGACAGUUAUUGUCGUGAAUUUUGCUAUCUGUAAAAUUUUGGUUUAUCGCCCAGCCCUACCAAGACACCCCAAAUGAUAGAAUAAUAUUAGAUUUAAUGUUGUCAAAUGUUUUUAGGAUAUAAUGAGGUCAUGGCAUCUUUGUCCUAAUGGUCAAAGGCCUCCUCUGUCACUAUGUCCUAUAGAGGGGAUGAUAUCUUCCUUAUAUUUUCAAUAUACAAAUAAGAAUCAUUUGAAUCAUUUGCUGAAAUUCAGCUGUGAUAUUGUAGGAACCGCUCCUAGAUUCAAACUGCAAGCAAUCAUUCUGGUUUAAAUGCUGUAUUUUGGUCUGAUUGCUCGAUAAUGGAUGUUGUGACGCAGCAGAAUUUAGCUCUCAGGAACAAGGUUUCCUUCUGGGAGCUCAGCGUGUGCCAAGUUUAGCUCAGCGCCUCCUGUACUCUGCCCUCCAUCUCUUCAGGCUUGUAAUUCUUCAUCAGCGCUGUUGUGUCCUCUUCUGUCCAUCAGCUGUCAGUUCUGGAGCUACAAAUCACCGAUUCGGUCCCAGUGUGUUGAUAAUUAAUCCGUAAUGAAAAUAUGUUUUUGCCGUUUCCUGCAGCGAUCAUCCUAAUGUUGAAUUCUGCCGUUUUGAUGGCAAAAUAAUCUGAUCUGCUCUCAGGGGGCUUUGGAGCUCUGCUGAGUGUGCAUGCUGCAUUCUUCAUGGCUGUGAGCAGGGACAUGACAAGGCUGUGACAAAUCAUAUCAGUAAUGCUGUCAUGCUCUAAAUGUGACUUAGAUUUAUGUGCCAAUUUAAAUGCUCAAGUUCUUCAGGGUCACUGAUGUGAGAGGUCAAGAGAAAAUAAUGAUCAUAUCUCUCUCAGCAGCAGAUUCAGCUAGUGUCGGAUUUCUUAGAUAUGGGGUUGUGACCUUUUUGUGUUUUCUUCCUCAGCUGACACUUGAAGAUCGGUCCAUCGUCAUCAGAGAUAUCGUUCGACGAAACAAUUCCAAUGUAAGUGAGUCCUUAAUUUUCACCCAUCCUCCUUUUUGACUUUGUUUCUUCUUCUUCUAUCUGAUGUUUACCUUUUGUUUUAACCACAACUCUCUUUGUCAGCUGUGUCGCUCUUCACUGCUCUCUUGUAUUUCCUGCACAUGGUAGUGGUGACGAUAAAUGAGGGUGUGAGUGACUGUUGUGUAUUUACUGUGUUUCAGGACAACCAGUGUGGUAUCGUUACCAACAUCGACAUUGAGUGUGCGGUGAAACUCGUGGGAACAAACUGUGUCCUGUAUCCAGUCAAUAGCAAAGACCUGCAGCACAUCUGGGUAAGUAGGGCUGCACGAUUAAUCGAUUUUAAAUCAUAAUCAGAUUAUUUGAUUAUGACAAUGUUAAAAAAAAAAUCGUCAAAUCGAUUUUCGUCUCUAUCAUGUCUCACACCUCCUGGCUACUUUAGGCUCCCCCUUCUUGCAAGAGUGCUGCCUAGUUCCCACACCACCAGUGUAAACAAGCAUGAGCAUAAGCAAAAUGAUGUCGGUUGUUAUCGUAAAUUUCGGUAAACGUAAAUUUUCGGUUUAUCGCCCAGUCCUACAUAAACUCUUUAAAAAUACUGCAAAUGAAGCAGCUUUUUACCUGCAGGUGACUCCUGUGCACCUUCAUCAUCAUCACCUUGUCUAAGCUAAUGCUUUAAUGAAAGUAGGAAGUGAGUGAGUGAAAGUUUUCUCUCCUGUUGUUUUUCCUUUCAGUCUUUCAUGUACGGAGACUACAUCGCCUAUGACUUCUGGCUGGGGAAAGUGUACGACCUGACUAAUCACAUCAUCCUCAAGCUCUCCAAUGGUGCCAGGUAAACUUUGUGUGUGCGUGUGUGUCUGUUUGUCUCUGUGUGUACGUGAUUACACAGACCUUACUCAGGUCUGAGUCUGAUGGUGUACGCACACACCAGCACACAGUAAUCCAUGCCAAAUCCAGUUCAUGUCAGCUGUUGCUUUCCCUCUCUCCCUCUCUCUCUCUGCAUCUCUGCAGGUGCUCCAUGAGUGUGGAGGACGGUGCCAAGCUGUACGACGUGUGCCCUCAUGUCAGUGAUUCAGUACGUAGCCACCAGCUCUUCUCUGUCACCUCAGGUUCACCCGGGCUGAACAGGACAGCUGUUAGUCAGGGGUCAGAGCUGUGAGCAAAGGCUGAUCUCCAGACUGUUACACCUCGCUUGUUGUCUGCAAAUAUCCCGUUUUUUGUUGUUUUUACCAUCAAGGAUCAGUGAUUUUUAAUUUUAUGUUUCAUUUUAUUUUUUUGUUUUUAUGUUUUUGCAGUUCUCAGCUUCAGAUGUUAUCUACAUAAUACUUUUUUGUCUUAUAAAUCAUUUAUUUGGGUGUUUGAUUUGAGUUUUAAAUAAUAGCAAAAGGAAGUACUGUCACUUUUUCUACCUUUUCAGAAAAGGUCCUAAACUAAAACCCAAACACUACACUUGUUUAUUUUCACUUUGCAUUUCAGACUUGUCAGUUUGCCCUGUAUUUUAAAUAUGGGAUUCAGGGAUAAAUAAAAAAUUAAGAUAAAAAACAAAAGAGUAAACUGAUCAGACCCACAGAUCUGCUCUAAACUGUCCUCAUUUUUGUCAAAACAUCAAUCUCACUGGUCAUACUGAAUGUCUGUUGCUGUGUUUUUUUUCAGGGUCUGUUCUUCGAUGAAGCGUACGGUUUCUACCCGGGUCAGGUCCUUAUUGGUCCUGCAAAGGUCUUCUCUAAUGUACAGUGGCUGUCAGGGGUCAAACCUGUCCUCAGCAGAAAGUGCAAGUUCAGGGUGGUGGUCGAAGAGGUGAAAUCUCAAACACACUCUCAGUUUUUACACUUUUACAAUUAAUCAUUUAAUAAUUCAGUUUAUUUACGUCCAUUUUGAUGUAGAGUUUGUAUUAUAUAAAUAAUUCUUGUUACAGACAGUCAUGUUUAUGGUUUGAGCAUUAUUAAAAGCUUUUGAUGGUUUUUGAUGUUCGUUUCUGAGUCACACACUCACUUAUAAUGAGUUUCGAGCAUUGUUAAAAGGUUUCCGUGGUGUUUUUGUGUCUCUUAGGUGAAAGUCGUAGAGCUGAAGGUGACGUGGAUCACAAAGAGCUACUCUCCCAAAGGUUCUGACAGCGUCUACCCUCCCCCAUCGACCAUCACGCAGGAAAAUCUCUGCAGGUCAGCAGAGAUACGUGCUCACAUAAACUGUUGUUUUCCCUGUAAACCGUGUUGUGUUAUCCCACAGUCCUUUUGAUAAUUUAGAUGUGGAGUAGUCAUUUCAUGUUUGUAUCUUGGUGAGGAUAUCUGCAUCGUGUGGCUUUGAGUGAUGAUGUUCCUAUUCUGGAUGUGCUCAGGGUGAGGCGUCUAGGAUACUAUGACCACACCCAGAGGCAGCUGGGCGAGAGGGCCCUCUAUAUAUUCCCUGCAAAGGGGGACACCACACGCAUCACCUGUGAGGGACCCGAGGGUGCCCCAAUCCUGCCUGAAGACCCUGUGGUAAGAAAGGUGUGUACAAUAGAUCCUCCGUGUAAGUCAAAGGUUUAUUUGUGCUGUUUUAUUAUCACAAAGGAACUUCUUCUCUGUUGGGAAAGCGUAGGCUGCUGCAGCCUGUCACUACCUCAGGGAAACAUCAACACCUAAAAGUUGAUGAACAGUUGGAGAAAGUUUGAAUUUGUUUGGUUUAAAAGAGACUGGGAGGCGGUUUGGAUCAUCUGUCUUGUGUGUGUGUCUCUUUCAGUUAAAAAGGAUGUUCAAGAAGGAUUCGGGGAAGAAGACAGAAAACGCCGACACACAAGGUGCCUAACAGAAAACACACGCACACAGACACACACACACAGACAUUUGUACUCUCUAACGUUGUUGAUGUUGAACUCAGCAAGACUCUUAUUUGGCGUGUCUAUUUUUGGGUUAGUGAAAUUCUUCAACAUCAAACAUUCACCCUCCAACAUGAAUCAAAUAUUUCGUAGAGUCAGACACUCGACAACCUGACCUUGUCUCCACACAUCUUCAGUUUUAUUGCUGUUCCAUUGAUUCCAACCACACAUUCAUCAGUCAGGUUGUGAAAGUUGAGGAUCUUUGAGGGAAAUGGAUUGAGAACAUAAUCAUAUUUUCUAGUUUUGGCAUCAGUGGGCAGGGAUGGUUGUGCCGUCCUAUCUUCUCAUAGAGUUUGCAGCUUUAUCUUGCUUGUCUCUCUUCUACUGCUGACUGAACGCUGCAGCUCCAUCUUAAUCUGCAGUCACAGACACAAUAACACGCGUCUUGCAGGGCGUUUACUUUGAGCAGAAAGAUAGAUGUCUGCAGUCGAGCGACCGAUGUUAAAUAUAUAAAACUACAAACAUAGUAAAGUUCACUACACAGUGCUUGAUACUUUGGUUUUACCAGAAAAAGAGUUUUAUUUUUCUUGUUUACAUUCUUUCUGAAGUAGCUGACAACUAUAUGUCUCCUUACUGAAAGCUGCUUUGAGACAUCAGACAGUCCUUUUACUUUACUAGAGAGUACAGAUAAAUUGAUUAAUCUCAGAGAAACGGAAAUAUUGGAUGUUUUUUUUCUUUUUAUGUGUUUUGUUCACAUUUUUCUGUAUGUACCGUCUUAUCUCCUGAUAGUUUAUUUUUUCAUUGCCUUACAUUUCUUCUUUGUUUUUCUUCACCUUCAAACAGGCGAGCACAAACUUGAGCAGACAGACUCAUCUCAUCCCAAAAACAACGGGCCUGUGGUUGCCGUUCAGAACACUCUCGACCCCCAAAACACUCACGACAACUUGGCAGAGCACGGAGAGCAGGACGCUGACGAUGAAGCUGCAGAAGACACUGACGAUACCAGGUCUGUAGAUACUGAGUCAUCUGUUUGUUUGUUUGCAAAUAUCUUGGGUAUGGAUUAGGGGUGGGAGGAAAAAUCAAUACAGCAUAGUAUCGCAAUACACAAUAUCAUAUCAUCUCAUUUUCAAAUGAAUUGUUAAUAUGAAGUCAAAUCUAUAAUAAUGGAAAUAUAAGGUUUGCAAUAUGCGCUACAUGAAAAUAAAAUACAGCGUAAAUAAGACAAACAUAAAGGAAAGACAAAUCCUGAAAUAGCUAAACAGUUGAAAAAAUGUUAAUAAUCGCAAUAAUAUCGUAUUGUGGCCCAAGUAUCAUGAUAAUAUCAUAUCGUGGGGCCACUAGUGAUUCCCACCCCUUGUAUGGAUGCAGUAACAGGAGCUGGAGUUUAGUACAAUAUGACUCAACACAAUAACUGCAGGAAAGCAUUCUUUGUUGAAAUAAUUGAUUGACUAAAUCAAAUCGACUAAAUUUUGACUUUUAGAUACCAAUUACAAAGAAGACAUCUUAUUUUUUUUGUGUGUGAUGUUUCGGACCCUUUGCAGUUCCCUGACAUCGUCGGCUAGCUCCACAGCAUCCUCUCAGAGUGGUGGUCUGGGGACCAACCGUAAGAAAAGCAUCCCGUUGUCUAUCCGUAAUCUGAAGAGGAAGCACAAGAAGAAGAGGACAAAGUUUUCCCGCGAGUUCAAGCCUGGAGACCGGUGGGUUCACAGCACGGUUUAUACAGCUGCACUUUUUAAGUGUUCAUACUGCUUCACUCAUUUGCUCUCUUAAAUCCAUCAUUAUUUCUGUCCCUUUUUGGGUUGUAUCUUUUAUAUUCCUGUAUACAUACUCCAUGAUGCUGAUUUUUUUUAGUAUUUUUCGGUGUAGUUGCCAAAGACAGCCAUGUUGCAACAAGUCUAAACCCCUGCGGUCUGCAUGUCUGUGUUCGUGUCUGCGUACAGGGUCGCCGUGGAAGUCGUCUCCACAAAGACCACCGCUGAUGUGAUGUGGAAAGAUGGGCGGGUGGAGAAAGGGAUCCGAUCGAACGACCUCAUCCCUAUCCAGCACUUGGACAGCCAUGAGUUCUGUCCUGGGGAUUUCGUAGUUGAUAAGCGACGUGAGGAAAAUUCUUGAAGUUUAAUCGUUUGUAUUUAGUUCUUUGUUUUGACUUUGUUCUCUUGCUGAUUUCUGAGCUAGCAAAGACUCAGGUUGUGUCACAUUUCUGUCCGUGUCGACUGCAAUGAGAUGUCUAAUGUAGGCCACUCUGCCACCCAGUACCUGCAGUAUCUAGGUCAUUUGCUCAAACUGUGCUGAGUUUGUGUGUCUGUGUGAUGGACUGAAAAUAUACUAGAGUUGUGUUCAGCUAAGGUAUAAAUAUUCCUUAAAUUAAGUAAAUUUUUUGUUUUCACUUUUUGUGAUUAAAAGCUUUGAGGUUUUUGUUGUUCUCAGUUAGUUGAGUACUCUGUGUCUGUGUGGUUUGAUUCUCUCGCAGCCCAAGCUCUCCAGGACCCUGGAGUGUACGGUGUGAUCCAGUCUGGUGAUCACAAAGGCAGGACGUGUGUUGUCAAGUGGAUCAAACUCAACACCAGCAGUGAUGACGUGGAGGUUAGACAGAGAACCAGACAACUGUGUUCGUAAAGAAAGAAAGAUCUGAAGUUUUCCUCUUUGAAAAAAAAUGGACCAUGCAUCUUUUCUGUACUUUAUUUCAGGUUAUUGGUUUGGAGGAGGACGUCAGCGUGUACGACAUCGCUGAUCACCCCGAUUUUCACUUCCGCACCACUGACAUUGUCAUCAGAAUAUGGAACUCCGAGAACGGGCAGAACGACUGUGAAAACGAGGUGGGAAGAAUUCAAACGUCUCUUCUCUGCAAACAUGAGAAACACCCUUUUCCCAUUUAAAGGGAUAUUGGGUGUAAAUUUAAGUUAUGGUCAAACACACUGUAACACUGAGUUAGACACCCCCUGGAGAGAUGAAUGUUGCAGACCGCUCGCUUCUCUAGUUAUACCAACUUCAGCAAUGACCGCACAAUAGCAAUACUCAGGUCUACGUCUCCAUACACAAACCUCAACCAAAACGCCACUCUAUAGCCACAAAUAAUGCUCAGAACAGCACCUAACUUCAUCAACAGUACAUGUAGGGUCCCAGCCACCAAACAUCUUUUUAACUUUGCCUUGUUUCUUUAGCAAAGAGAUCAAGAUUUGCUCACCCACUCUCCUCCAGCAGCCACUUGUUUGUGGGGGAGCCCUGUAGAGUCGAUCACAGAGUGCAGUGGAGUUUCACAGCUCAAGGAAGAACACUUAUGAUGAUUACUUCAUGGAAAUACAAUCAGACUGAGAUGCUAAGGCAGAAGAACUACCACGUCUGCAGUGCAAAAUGAUUAAUAUGAGGAUUAUUACUUAAAGGAAAUGAUCCGCUAAACUCGGUGAUCGACUCGUCAGGUCUCACCCCACAAACAAGCGGUUGCUGGAGAAGAGUAACUAAAGAAGCCAGCAGUCAGCAACAUUCAUCUCUCGAGGGGGUGUCUAACUCAGUGUUACGGUGUGUUUGAACAAAACUUAAUUUUACGCCAGAAUAUCCCUUUAAGUUAUACAAUUUGUCAGUAUCACAGACUACAUGUGCUGCAGUGAUCAUUGAAUUAAUUGAAAACCUCUGAAACUGUUUAAAAAAGACUGAAACAGUUGAACAGUGACGAAGGAAGGGUUUAUUCAGCAUUUAUUGGAUCAUGUCAUAAUCCAGGCAGUGGAGCACAUCUAAGCUUUUCAUUAGGAUUCUCAGUUUUAUGACCUCAUGGUGUGCAUUUUAUUCUCCCUCCUGUUAGGACAGUAAGUUUUAAGUGCAGGACAAAUCUGCUUUUUUUGUAUCCCAGCGUGGCCAUGAGGAUUUUAUUAAAUGAAUAACUUUAAUACGUAAAGCCUUUAGAGGUUAGUAGUGCAAGUCUUUUUUUUCGUUACAUUUCUCCAUCCUGCUCCCCACAGACAUCUGUCGGUCAAGUGUCCAGAGUGGAUGUGAGCAGCAAAGUGGAGGUAGUGUGGGCUGAUAACUCCAUGACCAUCGUCCUACCACAGGUCAGUCUCCGUCAUUGAAGGGGAACAUGUUUUUAUUUUCAAGUAACAUGAAUGAAGGGUUUUAACUCUCUCCUCACAAUCGUGCACACACAGCACCUCUAUAACGUGGAAUCUGAAAUCGAGGAGACCGACUAUGACUCGGUGGAGGAGACGAGCAGCGUGCUGUCCACCGAGGAGUGGGAGGACGAGAGCGACAGCUGGGAGACGGAUAACGGCCUCACCACCGAAGACGACAGCCAUGCCAACAACGCUGAUGCCACCAACACGACGACACCGACGCCCACACCUACCGGCUCCUCUGCUUUUAUCAUCCCACCUGCAGAGGGCAGCAAAGCGGGGGUCACCAGCCCUACUAAAGGAGGUCCAGGAGAGGAGGGGGAGGCCACUGUAGCAGCAGCGAGUCCUGCUUCGGGAGGAGGUGCAGGGCUUUUUCAGCUUUUACUAUUUUAAAGUUAUUUUCAUAGAAUUGUUAGCCACAUCACAGUGAUCGAUUUGCUCCUUUUUAACACUCCCUUUGCAGUGAUUUAUCAGACUUUUGUUCUCUCUCUUCAGGAACAACUCCAGGAGCCGUCAACGGAGCAGAAAAGCCCACUAAAGACAGCGCCUCUCGAGGUUUCAGGGAGUUGAAGGAGGCCUUCAAGAUCCUGGAGAGCCUGAAGAACAUGACAGUGGAGCAGCUCUGGACCGGUGGAUCCCCGACCUCCCCAACUUCUGCCGAACCCGCUUCAACGACUCACGUAGCGCCUUCAGUGACACCAGUGGCUCCUGAAAAACCAACCAAGGAGAAACGAUUCCUCGACGAUAUCAAGAAGCUGCACGAGAACCUGAGGAAGACGCUGGAUAAUGUAGCCAUAGUGGAGGAGGAGAAGAUGGAGGCUGUGGUGGAGGCAGGAGGGAGUGCAGGAGCAGGGACAGAAGUAGGUGUAACGGUGAUCUCUGAAUGAAUAAGGGGGCAGAAAGAGGGUCCAUCAGACUGUUUCUCACAUGUGCCUGUUAAUCUUCAGACAGAGAGAGCUGGAGAGGAGAAGCCCCAGCAGGAUCCACAGACACCAGUGGGGGGACAAGAGUGGCCCAGUGAGUUUCUCAGCGACACACCAGUACUGUGCCAACAGAGCGGCGGCAAGCCCGGCGUCACCUUCACCAGUGCCAAGGGAGAGGUGUUCUCUGUGCUGGAGUGGGCACCAGGUGAGACGUGACUGAAUGAACAACCUCGUUCCCUCUUUUUGAAGUUUUCUUCUCUGCCUUUCAGUUUCUCUGUCUUUAAAUUGUCUUUAAAGUCCCACUCCAAUCGUUUUUUUUACUACCUAAAAAGUUCUCAGUGGUCUUCAAAUUGUGAUCAUGAAGUUUUUAGCCAAAAUCACGUUACUUGUGUCAUUUUAAAGGACUUUUCUUCUGCAGAGCUCCAGUAGCUCAUUAGCAAUUCGCCUCUGAGUUGUGGGCGGAGGCAGCGCUGCUCUGCACACUCCUCUAGCUUGUAGCCUAACAUUGCUAGUGUAGUAGAAGUAGCAGGUAACAUUGGCGUUAUUCAGUUCUCAGACAGUAAUGUCUUGGGACACGAUGAAAGUUAGUAUCAUAAUUUGCUUUCUUACAAGUAUCGCAGUCUGCUAAUGCACAUGCUUGUCCCAUGAUCGUCUGCUCUGCUUCUCCGAGUCUGGCCUUCAUAGCAGGACUUUGGGGGCGGAGCUUGGAUUUAUGAUGUAGGAAAUCUCACUGUAUCUGAACCUGCCCUUUGGGUCUUUCAGAGAUUAACACUGAUUUAAUGCAGAAAUACUCAGAAAUGCAGUUUUGCACUUAUUUUAAUCAUGAUAUGUCCUGUAGCAUCCGAAAAAUAUCAUGAACAUGUAGACAACAAGAAAAACAUGAUUUUCAUCCGAGUCGGGCUUCAAACCUUUUAUUCGUCCAUUUUUAAUUCAGUGAAAUUUUCCCUUUUUUGUCUCUUCCAUCCCCAAAGUUUUUUUCUGCAGUCUGCUUUCUGAAGUCAAAAUUGAAAAGACAGACCACAGAGAAAGAAAACUAUCCAAGGAUUGUUAUUCAAGCUAAAAAAUUACAACAGCAGGGAACAAAUAAACACACACACCCAUAACAAUGAGUCAUUAGAGUGUCUGAAAGUAAACCUGGCUGCUUUUAAAAGCUCUUUAUUUGCUUAGAUUAUGUGAUAUUUCGCUAAACAGAGGACCCCACAUCUUCAUUAUUAUGCGGAUGACAGAAGCUGCCAGACACGACCUUUAGCUUGACGAGCGCCCUGCCCACACUCACAAUAUCAGUUUCUUACUGCUGUGUCUAUCCCCUCUCUGCUUUCAGACACACACUCAUUUAAGAAAAUGGAGUUCCAGCCAGCGGAAGCCAAGAAGUUCUUCAGCACAGUGAGGAAGGAAAUGGCUCUGCUCGCAACGUCACUGCCAGACGGCAUCAUGGUCAAAACAUUCGAAGAUCGAAUGGUGGGUUUUUAGAUGUAAUUUAGUCGUUUUAGAUGCAAAAAAACAAAAUUCCUUUAAUGUUUGAUAAGAAUAAAGAUGAGAGUUCACAGUAAGAUCUACAAAAUAUCUCGUAUCUCAUCUCCUUUAUGUCUGCUUUAUCUCACCUGAUCUUAUUCUCUCACAGGAUUUGUUCUCAGCUCUGAUUAAAGGUCCAACUCGUACGCCAUAUGAGGACGGUCUCUUCCUGUUUGACAUCCAGUUGCCAAACAUCUACCCCGCCGUGCCACCUCUGUUCCGCUACCUGUCGCAGUGCAGCGGCCGCCUCAACCCCAACCUCUACGACAACGGCAAAGUCUGCGUCAGUCUGCUGGGAACCUGGAUCGGAAAGGUGAGAGCCAGGUUACAUGUUUAUGGCGUGCUUCUGGUACAAUCCAAUGUCCAAUCCAAGGUUUUUGUUGAAUUAUAUUUUUGCCACUUAUUGAUUAAAUGAGAAACAAACAAAAAAAAGACAGAUACGUCCAACUUACGACGAUGUUUUUUUUGCCUGGAGACCAAUUUAUAAAAUUCUAAUCCCUUAUGUUUGAUAGAAAAAUAAUUGCUAUGGAGUUAUGUAAAGUAACAGAUAUAACCUGUUGUGUUGCAGUUGUGGGUGUUGACCUGUAACACCUACACUUCUUCAAACCUGCUCUUUGGCAGUUUUUAUAAAAGUGUGAUGAUGUAACCUGCGAUGUCAAGUCAAUAGACCAACUUUUACAGCUGAGAGUGAUUCUAAAUGAGGCACGCUGCAGGAAAACCAUCAGUCAGCUGAUCGAAGAAUUCAUGUGACACAUGAAAUCAGGCUGACUUUAGAGAGGACGUUUAAAACUCGUGGAUGAUGGGAUCGAUUUUGACUGAAUUUUUUGUGAUCUUAAAGGUAUAUUCCGACAUAAAAUUAGAUAUACCAACUUUAGUAACGACCGCAUGAUAGCAAUAUACAGCGGUCUACAUCUCCAUGCGCAAACCUCAACCAAAACGCCACUCUAUAGCCACAAAUAACACUCAGAACAGCACCUAACUUCAUCAACAGUACAUAAUGGGGCCCAGCUAUAGCACUAGCCACCAAACAUCUUUUUAGCUUUGCCUGGUUUCUUUAGCAAAGAGAUCAAAAACAACUCACCGACUCUCCUCCAGCAGCCGCUUGUUUGUGGGGGAGCCCUGACGAGUCGAUCACCAAGUGCAGUGGAGUUUCGCAGCUCAAGGAAGAACAUUUAUGAUGAUUUUUACUUCAUGGAAAUGAUCCGCUGCACUUGAUGAUCGACUCGUCAGGGCUUAAUCUAACUUAAUUUUACUCCGGAAUAUCCCUUUAAACCCUAAGGAAAUGUAAUUAUAAAAACAUGUAUAAUAAAUACAAUUAAAAUACAAACAAGCAUUGAUUGAGGUCAUGCUGCUACACCUCAAGUGUGUUUGCUUUAUUUACGUGUCAUCAGAUGAGUCAUGUUUGAGUGUUUUAAGGUGAAGGACUCUGAAAUCUUUACCAUGUUACAGAGAAUUUUAUUUCCAAACGCUGUCUUCCUGUCAAACUCUUUUGUGUAUAAAAAUGUGAAGUCCUGGUGUUUUCUUCUAAAGGACACUGCGCUGAUUUGUUCUCUGACACACAGGGCACCGAGAGGUGGACCAGCAAGUCCAGUCUGCUGCAAGUCCUCAUCUCAAUACAAGGUGAGUGUACACACACACACACACACACACACACACACACACACACACACACACACACACACACACACACACACACACACACACACACACACACACACACCCCGUCUCUAUUAUUCCCUGUCUCAUCUCUGCAGCAUAAAAAUCUUUUAUUCAUGUGUUCAUCUGCUCUAAGGGGCUCAAAGUGCAACAGUGUCUCGAACUGCUCACACACAGUUGUUACAUCACUUGAAUCAAACUGAUUUGCAGUUUGACAUGACGGACAAAUUGCUCUGGGAUUUAAAAUCGCCUGAAUCUGAAUAAAACAAUCGAGUGUUUAAUGAAGCUCAGAUUUAUUGUCUCUCUACAUUUAGUUGAAAAUAAUCCCACAAACAGAAAUAAACUCUGAACAUGUGCUGCCGUUUUGGAUUCUAGGUUAUUAUUCAAAGAGUGGAGAUCCCUCUGUUUUUUAACCCCUCUUCUUCUCUUUUGAAUGCGCUCACUCUUAACAUGUCUCCAACGUCCUGCAGGCCUGAUCCUGGUGAAUGAGCCGUACUACAAUGAAGCGGGUUUCGACAGCGACCGAGGCCUUCAGGAGGGAUACGAGAACAGCCGCUGCUACAACGAGAUGGCCCUGAUCAAGAUGGUCCAGUCCAUGACGCAGCUCCUCCAGAACCCCGUGGAGGUCUUCAAACAGGAGAUCCAGGAGCACUUUUCCUCGAACGGCUGGCGGCUCGUCCACAGACUGGACGUGUGGCUCGAGUUGAACGAGGCCGCCGAGAGGGGUCACGCGGCACAUGUGACCUCCAGACCCUCAAAAGACCGACAGCACUCUGUGGAGCCUCUGGACGAGCAGCUGCCCCUGGGAUUGGGACCCGGGGCAGUGUCCCACAGCAGCCCGAGUAAGCCCGGAGAGGAGGGAGUCUCAGGAGUUAGCAGUAUUAUGGAGGAGGACUUGGAGGAUUCAGGUCUGAGUCCUUCGACUGUAGCGGCCCCUCAGCAGGAGCUAAGCCAGAACUCAGACUGCGACAGCACCCUGGGGAAUACCUCUGUGGGUGCGGAGAACAGAGGCAGCUCGUCCGUACCGGGUUCUGUCGUCCGCAGCGGGACGUCAGAAUCGGGUUCGGUGAGCGGAGGAGGCACGGGCUCCACGGGAAGCCAGCCGGUGGUACGACCAAAGAAGCGAAGAAAGAGCUACAGGAGUUUCCUCCCGGAGGGCAGCGGCUACCCGGACAUCGGCUUCCCGCUCUUCCCUCUCUCUAAAGGCUUUGUGAAGAGCGUAAGAGGAGUCCUGCUGCAGUACCGAGCUGCGCUGGCCGCCGCCGGCAUCACUGAGCACAUAGAGGACAAGUAAGUGCCUCCUCACCGUCCCCCCGACUCAAUCUGCACUGCUCCCCGCUCCUUUUCCUCCUCCUUUUCUACCUUAUCAUCUGCCACGGGCGGUAGAGGAGGAUCAUUCUAUGUUUCCUCGGGGGCACAACAGUUUUCCCAAUCUGUCCAGAGCUUCACUGUGCCCCCAGCACUGCCCACAUGUUUGUCCUUUUCCUCCAUUUCUCAGUGCGUACUGCUCUCGCUGCCCCCCAAAACUCCACACAUUGUUUUCUCUUUAAAACCCGCUCGACUGAAGCACACUUGAGGGACAGCAGGAGAAGAGAGCAGGUUCUGGUUUUGAUGAUGUCUUUGUUCUCCUUUAGUGUCUCUGCAGACGAGUAUGACGGAUAAACAGAGCAGGGAGUCAUCUGUCGAAGGACAAAGGUACACAUAAGGAGCUGGUUGACGGCGGUCGAAAGUUUGUCUUUUGGCCUCAGCGGGACUUGAAUGAUGAGCGGAGGUGGUGUGGACUGUGAGGAGAGAUCAGUGCCAUGAUCCUCCACUCUCCUCAUCCACCUCGCCUCCAGCAGCCUCCACAGUACAGACGGGGAUUUUUCUGGAAAACCACUCUGCCAUCUCAGAACUAUAACCCAGGCUCGUUAUCGUCGAUGCGUCCUGGACGGGAUCAAAGAUGGCUGAAAAACAAACUGCUAACUCUUGACUGUGGCUAUCUGUAGCACUACUGAAACUAACGCUGUACCAUCCUGCACUAUAUCACGACGGACAAUCUGGUCUGUAGAUCACCUGACCAGGAGGGCUGUGUUAGAUAGAAGUCACCGGUUGUUACGCUUUCUGCCAAAUUCUCUUUCUCUCUGUCCUCAAAACACACGAAUAUCCAAGUAGAACAAAGUGAAUGUCAGUAAAACUGCCAAACACCACAGCUUCAGCACUUCUUCCACCGCUGCACUCGCUGAUAUUUCUCUUCUUCAAUCACUUCACUCAGCAAACAUUGAGUGACAAAGUUUACAUCUCAAUCACCUCUGGAGCUCAGAUGGCGGUCGCUAGAAGCCAUCACAUGACUGUAGGUUUGGGUGUUUAUGAUCUAAGCGUGGGUAAAAAAGCUCCUUCACUUUCCAUAGAGUUAAGUCCGAGUAGUUUGAUCCGCCGAAAUGGAACUCAUGCUUUAGCGUUCUGAUGCUUUUGACGUCAUUUUAACUCACAGAGGCUCUACCGUAGGUUUCAGAGUGGAACUCAUCUGAACUCACCUCACUGCAAACGACACCGAUUAGAAAAUAUAAAUGAAUAAAAAAAAAAAAAUUCAGCAUCCAUUCCGUCAUCUAUUGUCAACAUGUUGCCUUACUUGAAUUGUGCUUGAUGAUCUCAGACCAUUGUGUACAGAGCUGCUUCAUCACGCUCUCAACAUUCAAAUGUGCAGACCCCGGACACGCUACAGACCACUAAAAACCCCCCGCUCUAGUUCCCCCCUCCUGCAGAACUCUGAUCAGAUACCCCGUCUUCCAGUUCUUUGACAUGACUCCUACACUGAAUUUGCCUCCAAAAGAAUCACAGAGUACGACACUAAAACUUGAUCUGAUGUUCAAACGAUUGUCCCGACUUUAGCAUCUUAACCAUGAAGAGAAAACUUUAAACUGUUUCCCCUUAAACGGCAGAUAUCAGUUUGGUCAUGAGAGUCCAACUGUGACGAAAUGAACUGUGAACCCACCGUUUUGGUGCUUCCUGGGGUUAUCAGAGCCGCCUUUGUUUACAUCUUUAUAAAUAACUGCAUCCCACAUCUAUCAUAGUGUUCUUAAUCCUUAUUGUAAUAAAAUAAUCAUGAUCAAAUACAGGUCAGAUAGACUCCCUUGUGCUCGGUACAGAGAGCGUCGGCUUGUCUGCUGUUUACUCGAAAUAAAGACGCUGAAGAGUGUUGAGCGCACUGUGCCAUGUGGAGCUAUGAAUGCUGGGAGAGGAUGAAAAAGCAUGAGCCAAGAAGCUGCUGCGUUUUAAAGAAGAAAGGGGUACAGAAUUAAGAAGGGUAUUUCGUUUGCUUUGUCUUCCCUUAAAAAUGCGCCAUUCCUAUUCCAGAUGUGGCAAUCAGGCAUCCAUGACACUUGAUCCUCUUCCUGGUUUUAACUUCACUGUCAUUAUUUCGCUGCCUUUAAAGCUACAGAGGAUGCCGAUGUGUUUUCUAAUCAUGUAGCCUUCUUUGCUUCGUGUCUUCUUUUCCGUUUUUCUCAACAUCAUCCUCACAAUGAUCACCGGGGGGAGUGUGUUUGGGAGUUUAUCGGUGCAGAUGUUUGUAAACACACGUCUUCUGUGAGCAUUGAGGGGAUGAUGUUUCUGCUCCGUUUUUUUCCUCCCUCUUUCUCAUCUGUAAACAGCCGCAGAAACAGAAAAUGUGAAGCUAUCUCGCUAAAUCUGGAAGCAAAAAACAUCUGGCAGGGUAUCAGGCACAUGAUGCUAUGUAUAAUUUUCUGUGUAUGUGUGUAUAUUAUUCAGAUUGAAAACAUUAUUAUUAUUAUUAUAGUUAUGAUUAUUAUUGCUGCGAGAAGUUUGUUUUACAGCCAAAGCAUGUAACAUGUUGCUUUAAGCCUUUUGGACGGGCUACACACAAGACUUGACUGUACGAUGUCUACAUUUCCACAGUGGCCUGUUAUUGAUAUAUUAAAAAAGGAACUAAUAAAGUUAUGAUUUGUAGCCUGAGUCCCUCUGUACAGAUGUCAUGACUAUAUUGAAGUAUAUAAUUACAUACAUACAUACAUACAUACAGACAGUAUAUAUUGAACACACUUGAGUUCCAACAAGUCACGUGGAUGCUUGGGGCAAAAAUGUACAAAGUGCUGAGUAUGAUAUUGUACUUAUGAUUUCAUUAUUUAAUGGUUUGAUUUUGUUGCUUUAAGACGACUGUAUAGUGAUGCAUUAAACUUUGCAAGCAGAACCAUAGUUACAUUGUGGCUUUGAUUUAUUAAUUAAUCAUCUGCAGCUUUGGCCCAGACUAAUAUGAAUAAGUAAGGCUUUGAAUAAUCUCUAAUUCUCACGGGAUUAAAAAUCGGAAAAAUAAGAAAUAAAGAAAAUAAUAUCCAGCUGAUAAACAAGUUGCCACACUUGAGUAUUUUGCAGCUGGAUUAUGGAGAUCAUGCAGCAGUUUAUUUGAAUUCACAUACACCCACACACACCGUUUCAGAGGUGUAAAAUACAGACUACAGCAUCAAAUGUUUAUCCAUCUGCAGCAGAUAACAGCCACAACUCAUCACCUUAAAAUUCACUUUAAAGAAAGUAUAACUGCAGUACAAUUUGAUGACUCCCUGUAAUAUUUUUAUGUAUGUGAGGAUAACAAGAGUACAAU